AUGGCUAGUGAUUCUUUGGUAAUCGCCAAUGGAAAUGACAUUGACAACUCACAGCCGAAUCCUCAGAGGACUUACCAAGCAGUAGUGAUUGCAACCCGAGAUAUGGGUAUUUCUAAGGAUGGGAUAUUGCCAUGGACAUUGCCUACUGAUCAAAAGUUUUUUGAGGACAUCACAACAAUAACAUCUGAUCCUAAGAAGAAGAAUGCUGUUGUAAUGGGUAGAAAAUCAUGGGAGGCUAUCCCUCCCGAGAGCAGGCCUCUCAGUGGCCGUCUUAAUGUUGUUCUGACUCGCUCGGGUAGUUUUGAUAUUGCAACUGCAGAGAAUGUUCUUAUAUGUGGAAGUGUGUCGUCUGCUAUGGAACUGUUGGCCGCUUCUCCUUACUGUCUUUCAAUUGAGAAAGUUUUUCUUACGGGCGGCGGUGAGAUAUUUAGAGAGGCGCUUCAUGGACCUGGAUGUGAAGCCAUCCAUAUUACAGAAAUUGAAGCUAGCAUUGAGUGUGACACUUUUAUGCCUCGAAUUGAUUUCUCUGUAUUUCAUCCGUGGUACUCGUCUUUUCCUUUGGUGGAAAAUGGCAUCCGCUAUUCUUUUAACACUUAUGUGCGCGUAAGGUGUUCAACAGAAGAGUCCCAGGGUCUGAAUACUGAUCCAAUUCUUUAUGAUAGUUCAAACUCUCUAAAAUUUGAGGUCAAAGAUUUUUCUUUUCUUCCCAAGAUUAUUUUUGAGAGACACGAGGAGUACAAGUAUCUUAGAUUAGUUGAAGAAAUCAUUUCUGAAGGUACAACUAAGGACGAUAGGACCGGGACUGGUACCUUAUCCAUAUUUGGUUCCAAGAUGAGAUUUAAUCUGCGAAAAAGCUUUCCACUUUUAACAACUAAGAAAGUAUUUUGGCGAGGGGUUGUUGAAGAACUUCUUUGGUUUAUCAGUGGCUCAACAAAUGCCAAGGUGCUGCAAGAAAAAGGCAUUCAUAUAUGGGACGGCAAUGCAUCGAGAGAAUACCUUGAUAGCAUUGGUUUGAAAGAAAGGGAGCAGGGUGACUUAGGACCUGUUUAUGGGUUUCAGUGGAGGCACUUUGGUGCAAAGUAUACUAACAUGCAUGAAGACUACUCCAACCAAGGAUUUGAUCAGCUUUUAGAUGUUAUCAAUAAGAUAAAGCAUAAUCCCGACGAUCGACGCAUCAUCCUCUCAGCAUGGAAUCCAUCUGAUCUUAAAUUAAUGGCACUUCCGCCCUGCCACAUGUUUGCACAGUUCUAUGUAGCAAAUGGGGAGUUAUCAUGUCAAAUGUAUCAACGAUCUGCCGAUAUGGGCCUGGGUGUGCCGUUCAAUAUUGCAUCUUAUGCGCUCUUAACAUGCAUGAUUGCUCAUGUUUGUGACCUUGUUCCAGGUGAUUUUAUCCAUGUUAUUGGGGAUACACAUGUUUAUCGCAAUCAUGUGAGGCCUUUGCAGGAACAGCUCCAAAACCUGCCAAAACCUUUUCCGAUUUUGAAGAUAAAUCCAAAGAAGAAAGAUAUAGAUUCUUUUGUGGGUGCUGAUUUCAAACUCAUAGGCUAUGAUCCUCACCAGAAGAUAGAAAUGAAGAUGGCUGUUUAG